AUGAUGCAGAAAUUUUCUUUCAGUUGAACUGGAACCGUAAUCGUGUAAAGUUUACUUAAAUAAAUUUAUUUUGAAAAUGUUUUCGGGAAAAAUAAGUGCAGCAACAACUCGCAAAGGAAUGGGUAUAGCAUACAGCUUAAGGUCAACAACACUGCGAUUGUUUGCCACAAAAAAGCAGCCGUUGUCUCAGCAUGACCCAGAGACCCUCAAUUCCUCAUGUCCAGUCUCAGCAAAAGAAGGAACCGCAUUGGAGUGGCAGAGAGCGCGUCCAUUUAGUGAGAUACCACAAAUUGGCGCACUUAAGCUGAUAAGUAAAUUUUUACCAGGUGGCAAGUAUUUCAAAUUGGAUUCCAAUGAUCUUGUAGCGGCAAUGCGCAGUGAUUUUGGCCCUAUUUUCAUGAUGCCGGCACUUAUGGGUCAACCCAGCAUCUUAGUGACGUACAAUCCGGACGAUUUUGAAAAUGUUUUUCGCAAUGAAGGGAUUUGGCCAAUAAGACCCUUCUCUCAAACUAUGCGCUAUUAUCGGAAUAAGUAUCGUGCGGACAUUUUUGAUGGCGUAGAAGGUGCUAUAGCGUCGCAAGGCGAGCAAUGGAACUCAUUUCGCACGGUCGUGAAUCCGAUACUUUUGCAAUCAAAGUCUAUUAAUAUGUAUCUCAACAAAAUGUCGCAAGUGAAUCAAGAAUUUGUAGAUAGAAUUCGCUUGAUGCGCAAUUCCGAAACGUUGGAGAUGCCUGACGACUUUGCAGUGCAUAUACAGCUUUGGGCGCUAGAAUCAGUUGCCGUGGUAGCAUUGGAUUUGCAACUUGGAUUGCUGCGAGAAGAUAGCGAAAACUCCGACGAUGCUCAGAGGCUAUUCAAUGCUUUAAAUGAAUUCGUGGAUCUCAGCUUCCAACUGGAUUACAAGCCUGCAAUGUGGCGACUGGUAGCCACACCUAAAUUAAGGCGUCUUAUGCGAGCUAUGGAUGAUAUUAGAAGUGUGACGUGGAAGCAUGUAACAGAAGCCAUUAAUAGAUUGGAAGCAGAAAAGCGUGAAGGCGUCCAACGGGCAGAAGAGGAGACAAGCAUUUUGGAAAGGAUAAUAAAGAGAGACGCUAAAGUAGCUGCUGUAAUGUCUAUGGAUAUGCUGAUGGCAGGCGUUGAUACGACAGCCACAUUGGUUGCCGGCGCUCUGCUCUGUUUAGCUCAGAACCCGGAAAAGCAAGAGCGCUUGCGCUCAGAGGUAAGGAGUGUACUGCCCGAAAAGCUUGGCGAUUUCACACCAAAUGUAUUGGACAAUAUUCCGUAUCUGCGUGCAUGCAUUAAAGAAUCACUGCGCAUUUACCCAGUAUCCGUCGGGAAUAUGCGUGUACCGCAAAACGAUCUCAUUUUAAGCGGCUAUCGUGUACCUAAAGGUACUUGGGUGAGCAUGAUUUCAUCAACUCUACAAUCGGAUGAACGUUUUUUUCUGCGCCCCUUGGAAUAUUUACCGGAACGUUGGUUGCGAACGGACGAAACUAUCAGCGAGGAGGGUGUGCGAUCAUUGAAGCCAAGCAACCCGUUUGUUUAUCUACCAUUCGGUUUUGGGCCGCGCAUUUGCCUAGGACGUAGAAUAAUAGACUUGGAAGUAGGGCUGGCAAUGGCAAGAUUAGUUAGGAAUUUCAAAAUAGAAUUUAAUUAUCCCACCGACAAGCCAUUCAAGGGUAUGCUAAUCAAUAUGCCAAAUAUACCCUUAAAAUUUAAAUUAACUGACAUUGAUUAAAACGAGGCAGAGAAUAUUACACUGAUUUUUUGUUUUUUUUUUUUUUAUUGUAUCAUCUAUUAAAAAAAAACGCAAUAAAGAUUCACAAAAUACGCCAAAGGCAUUGUUUUCACAAAAUUAAAUGAAAUAUGUAUGUAUGUAAAAAAUUGCAAAUAUACAUAU